AACGGAGCAAGGGGGAGUCACAGGAUUAUACCAACCCAGAAGACAAAUUCGGAGCAUGGAAAACCCAGUAGGUCAGUGCUAAAAUUAGCAUCUGCUCCUUUAGCCACAGCAGCCAAACUGCGAUGCUUUGAGUCAUGUAAACCAGGGGAUAAACUAUCACAAGGGGCUGGGCAGUAAAGACAUGUUUUCCAUGGGUGACAUUUAACGCCACACGUUGACUGGAGAAGCUGUGCGUAACGCAGUGACAGCACUGGAUCUACACUGGCUGCUGCUGCUGCUGCGCAAAACAUGAGUAUUUGGUAGUUUUAGGAGACGCCAUAUGUGCUCUGUUCGGCAUACAGCUUCCAUGUGUGCACACCUCUGCAAAUAUGUCCUUUUUAACCAUACCGAGCCAAGACGGGCUUUUUACCGCCAUCAAGACAGGUAGGUCGCCAGAGGAGGCAGAAAGUAGGUCCCUGUCAGACAACGUGGAUAAUAAUGAUUCUGAUGAUGAAGACGAUGACACCGGGAACGUCCGACUCAUCCCAAGAUGCUCACCGGUGCCCAGAAAGCGAGGCGCCUCUAUCCACGACGAGACAGCCGAGUACAUGCGGAUCCAUUUGGCGCUGUCUGCCGGAAAAAGAGUGUCAUUCGCGGAUACAACAGGUGGGGAUCUGGUGGAUGUGAAGGAAUUUGUAGCGUUUGAUUCAGACGAUGAAGAGGACAGUGCAAGGUGGGAGGAAGAGGAGGCAAAGUAUCGAAAGCCAGGAAGAGAACCGACCUACUCUGUGCUCCCAGAGUUUCACGCACCAGCCGAGAGUGCCCUGCUGCAGGCUGUGCGCACUAACAAAGUGGAGGUUGAGCAGAUGUCUCCAGUGGAGGAUGAGCCACUUGCCUUCUGUGGGGUAGUGCGUGUCUUCAACGUCUCCUUCCACAAAGCAGUUUACAUCAGAUCAACCAUGGACAACUGGGCUACUUACUUUGAUCACCCAGCAGAGUAUGUCCAGGGAUCCCAUGAUGGAGAUACUGAUCAGUUCUCCUUCAAGCUGUCUUUUGCACCACCUUACACCACACACGGCUCACGCAUUGAGUUUGUGGUUCGCUAUGAAACCUCUGAGGGUGAUUUCUGGGCCAAUAACUCCUCUAUGAAUUAUGUGGUGACUCUGCUCUUGUCAUAUGAAGAGGAUUCAAUUCAAAUAAACAGAGACAUGCAACACAUAAAAGGCAUCCUGAAGCCUCCAAAAGCCUACAGUAUGGAGGACAUCCUUGAUACAGAAGAGGAGCAGGAAAAGAAAAAAGAAGAAGCAGAGAUCCCCAAGCCAGAACUUGUCAAACCAGCCCCUCUCUGCCCAGUCAUAAUACAGCCCGAGAUCGACAUCGAGAUUGCAGUUCACCCAUCUGGUCCUUCUGUCCCACCCAACCAGGAGCUUCCAUCUGUUGAUGGCACACCGUCCACUCACUCUGUGUCCUCAGGUGAACAAUCCCCCCGUACGUCUUCUGAAACCUUGAUUCAAACUGAUUCAUCCUCUGUGCCAUGUGCCGGCGAACCAGUCCGGCCAAAUAUGUCACAACCUUUACCCAGACUCCUCUGUAAAUCAGGCGAACAAACGUCAGAGCAGCAAAGUAUUCCCUCAGCUCUGCAACAAGAGUCCGGGCGUGGAUCAGACAGCUCCCAUGGCAGUGAAGAGGAAAUCCCUCCCUCAGAGGCCUCAUGUUUGCAUCCUCCUACAGCAGAGACAAAUCUGAGGCCAACAGCAGGAGAGGACGGGUCAAAAGACAGCCCAGAAAGUAGCCCAUGUCUUGAACUUCCCGCUGAGUGCGUCUCUCUCUUUGAGCAAGAAGUUGCAGAGGGAUUGAGCGAACUUGUUGCAGGUUUAUCAGACGGCUCCAGCAGGUCCGACUCGCUUCACGAAGCCAGUACACCUGCCCUUCUCUCCCCUGUGGCAGAGACUCAGGCAUCUCCGGGAGCAGAAGGUGGAGCCGUACCACCACCUGAACUCACAGAGAACCCCUCAGUGAGUGCAGGUGUCACUGAGGUGAGCCAAAACUCAGCUCUUCAGUCUGUCUCUGCCUGGGAAGAGAAGGAAGAUAAAACCCAGAUUUCCCCUGACACGUUAUUAGAGGAUUCACCAAACACGCUGUCAGAGGUUUCCGAGCCGCAGACUGAGCGUGACGCUAACACGAAUCUGAUGCCAUCCAUCGUCUUUAUAAGUGGAGUUGUCUCUCUUUUGAUAGUGUUGCAGGAACCCGGCGCCCUCUUCUUCAUUGGACUAUUUUUGGUCUUGUACCGUUUGUAAAAAACGCCACAAAAGUUCACUCGCUCAGAGAUCUGUUCUCAAGUGCCUUUUCAUGAAGCCAAAAUAAGCAAAAAGAAAAAAAUAUAAGCCUCCUGUUAAUGUUGUGUACUGGUGUGUGGGUUUUAAUUUAAAAAGUGCAUUUGGUAUAAUUUCAGAAGUUAAAUGCAAAGUCCAAAGCACAGAAAAGUAAUGAAAUACAUAUUUUCAUGCAUUUUGUCAAAAAGGUGUAAACCGGUAGAGUAGAUGAUGAUAAUUCUCCCCCUUCUACCGCAGCAUUGUGAGUACUAAAGCACAAAGAUGUUCGUAAGCUGUCUGUGAUUGCUUUUUGUCGUUUCGUAGAGGUGGUGCAAUAUUCUCUUUGAUCAAAUCUGUGCUAAAAUGCACUUUUUUUUCUGUUUGUUUUGUAUUGUCAGUGUAGCUGAAGUUGCUGUCUAUAACCACACUGCCAUGUGUUUAACUGUUGUGAAUUCCACAUUUUCAUGUCUUUAGUGAUAGACAGCAAACAUUACCAUAAAGACACUCACAACAGAUGGAGUUUUGUUUACACAUGCAAGCAGAAGACAUGGUUAUGUGAAGUGCUUUUGCCUUAAUGCCAAAUAUUAAGAAAACCUGAUGUGGAAUAAAGAUUUAUUUUAAAACAGUCACUGCCUGAGGAUGAGAAAAAUGGAGAAGUGUUUGGUGUGAUAUUGUAAUGUGAUCAUUAGAUGACACCAGCCUUUCACUUUUGCACAUAAAAUAACACAAUUCACCACAUUGGCAUGAAAGCCAUACUCCUCUGAGGUUAACAGACUUUGGGAAGCCCAGUCUAGCUACAAUACAUGGACAAAAGUAUUUGGUCACCUGACCAUUACACCAACAAGGACUGUAAUGACACUGUGUUCAAAUACAUGUAAGUUAAUGGAGUUUUGGACUGUUUCUGUGUGAUUUUGUACCCAUUCAUUCCAUAAAGCAUUUAUGAGGUCAGACACUGAUGUUGGACAAGAAGGCCGGGCUUGCAAUCUCUGUUCCAGUUCAUCACAAAGGUGCCCGCUGGGGUUGAGGACACGGUUCUUUGUGGGCCAGUCAAGUUCUUCCGCACUGAACUCAUCAAACCUUGUCUUUACUGGGGCACUGGCAUGUUGGAAUAAAAAAGAGCUUUCCCCAAACUGUCGCCUAACAGUUGACGGCAUAGCAUUGUCCAAAAUGUCUUGGUAUGCUGAAGCAUUAAGAUUGCCCUGCACUGGAGAUAAGGGGCCUAGCCCAAACCCUAAAAAACAGCCUCAUACUAUUAUCUGUCCUCCAACAAACUUCACAGUUGCCACAAUACUACAGUCAGGCAAGUAACGUUCUCCUGGCAUUGGCCAAACCCAGACUCACCCACUACAAAGCUGAUUAGAGCCAGGCUCAGGUGGCUGACAUUGACCAGGGGGGGUAACGCUAAAGCACAGAUAAAAUCUGUAUGUGUUGAUAAAAUUAAAUGGCAUCUGGGGAGAGCCCAUUCAGUGGGCCCCUGCUAUUUAUGUGGGCUGGUCUAAAGACUACUGACUACAGACUACAGCUAAUGUUUGCAUUUAGCUAAUUCCUAGUUAAUAUCGCAAUAAGCUAAGACCUAGCUGAUUACCUUUGUGAACAUGUUGUAUGAUAUAAAAGGUGUAAACACAUGAAAAACUAUGACAUUUAUUUGAUAGCUUGUUAGCAGGGCUAAUAUUAGCAUUCAGCCACUUCCUAGGUAAUAUAACCUUUAGCAAAGUACAACAUAAGUUAUUAGUACCUCUUGAAAACACUGGCCAGCAACCUCUUUAACUAUUGAUCUUAUUAGUAUUAUGUUGAUGAGGAUUAUUCCUUUUUUUUUUCAAAAAGAAAAAAUAUCCCCCUUCCUAUUUUGAUAAAUAAAAUACUUUGUAAUUGCACUUUAUGUAAAUGUGACACAAGUGCUACUGAUUCAGCUAGCACUUAAGUAAAACAAGAUAGCUAAAAGCAAAUGACACAAUGCUGAGUGAUACAAGAGUAGCCUACUGCUAAAUAUGUUUUUGUCUAAUCAAAAUUGCCUAUAUUUGUAUUGAUAUGGAAUUGGAUUGCAAGAUAUCUUACGAUAUAAUACAGCACCUUGCCUAUAGCAUCAUGCACAAGAAUCAAAAGAUGUACAGGCAUGUCCAAAAUACUCAUACCUCUGUACUAAAUUAUGAUUAUUUUGAGUGCAUGACCACACAAAGUGGAUUCACACUGUGAAGUAUACACAAAUACUACUUGCACACUCAAAUUGUCCAAGAAUAGCAUGUGGAAGAAAGGACACUUUGCACCCCCACUGAAUGCCAUAUUGAUACUGUUAGCAUGCUAGUGCACAAUCAACGUUGGCAUUUGCUAGUUAGCUAAUGUGCUAUUAGCAACGGCAGCAUUUUUCAAUCAAGAAAAAUACAUUCAAGGCCAAAUAAGUUUGUUUUCUUUAAGAAUAUUAUGUCAACAUGAAAUACCAAUUACAUGAAUCAAAUAGUGAGAGAAAAUAGCCAUCAAAUUUAUAGUUGCCUUAUGUCUGUUUCCAACUUGCUCAAAAUUGCCUAUUUUAGUUUUGUUUAGCUUAGUUGGUUAUUGAUGCGUCUGUCAAAGCGUGCAUGCCCAAACAGCUGACGUGCAGAAGAGCACGUAGCUGGUAGCCGAAGCUUGCAUUGCAAACUAGUGCCAGACACAGAGGCUUUCUGGGGGGAAAAAUAAAAACCAGCAUUGUUUGUUGUCCCAUUUUUUACCAUAAACUCAAGCAUGUUAUGCUUAAAGGGGCAACGCAUGUUGAAGUCUCUGGAGGCUAAUGCCACUACAAUAGCCAAGUUCGUUAUACAACCCAACUCCAAAAAUGCUGAAAUAACCUUUUAAGUUCAUAGCAUUCAAAGCCUAAAACAUUUGGCUUCCCAGCCUCUGUACAACAUCAGAGGGAAAUGGCCUCUAUGUGAAUGUGGUAAAUUGCAAGUCUUCCUGUAGAGUCUUUCUCCUAAGCCCAUGCAUUUGUGUUUGCACAUAAAAAUGUACAGCACUACUUUCCUGACCUCACAGACAGACUGAGGCACUGAAUGAUGUGUUUGAAGUGAUGAGAGUUUGUUGCAGUUGUAUUGCCAUUAAAACACAGUGCUAUACCCUG